CUAGUGACACACCGUGGUAUAUAAUUCAACAGGAGAAUGGAUACGUAUAUUCUGAUCCCGGACGAGUUUGGGCUGGUGCUGACUCUUCAUCCGAACCCCUGCAACAUCCUGGAAAUGUCCGUGGCGAUCUGGAGCAAUGACUUCGUUCCCCAAGGAACCUUCUUCUAUCCGGACCUCGGGAAACUCCGCGUGGAGAAAUUAGAGGUCUACUCCAAGCUUCCAGCAGAUGAUGUUCGACACAGAUUUGGUUGCCAGGACGACAUCCUAAAUGUGGAAGGCAAAGAAGUUCGCCGAUGCAACUGGGUCCGAUUUUGCAAAUCAUCGGACAAGCUAGAACUCUCCAACAUUUUUGCUUCGUGUUCGGAAGGGAAAAUCACCUACCAGACACUGCGUGCAAUAAAACCCAACGAUGAAAUUGUCGUGUUCUUCAACCCUUCUUCUGUACAAAGUGACCAGAACAUAAAACAAGAAAUUGUCGGAGAUUCUGAACAUUCUAUCGUCGCUAAUAAUGAUGAUAAUGAUGAGGAAGAAGAGGAGGAAGAAAUUGACGUCGUGGACUUCAGUCCUGAAGAUGAUAAGGAGACAGUGACAACAGAUAAAGAACAGAAUCAUCUAGACCAAACAAAAUCAGAGUUCAACAGUUCUUCAGAAUCAGCAAGAAGCGAAAAAUUGUUCUUCACGUCUCCGACAAUAUCCUCGUCACUCUUGACGUCACCUAUUGCCAGAGCAGACGACUGUCCUUCAAACGUCAGCGGAAGUGACGACCAAAUAAGUAUAAAAUUGGAGUGUUCCGAGUCAGAUAUUACAAACAGUAGUCCAGAACAGAUGGUUCCCAGCGAAAGACCAAUUAAAAGAAACAGAGAAAGAACGUGGCUUCCUUGCGAAAUAUGUGGAAAGAAAUUUGACCGUCCUUCGCUUCUUAAGAGACAUAUGAGAACACACACAGGAGAAAAACCUCACGCAUGCGAUGUGUGUGGAAAGGCGUUCUCAACUUCAUCGUCCCUAAACACACACCGACGCAUCCAUAGUGGAGAAAAGCCGCAUGUGUGUAAAGUGUGUGGAAAGCGUUUCACCGCGUCUUCAAAUCUCUACUACCACAGAAUGACGCAUGACAAGGAGAAGCCCCAUAAAUGUACCCUGUGCUCCAAGUCCUUCCCAACACCGGGUGAUCUUCGCAGCCACAUGUACGUCCAUAACGGGUCCUGGCCCUUCAAGUGCGAGAUUUGCCACAGGGGAUUCAGCAAGCAAACGAACCUGAAAAACCACGUUCUGCUUCAUUCUGGAGAUAAACCACACGAAUGCAUUCUUUGCGGGAAGAAAUUCGCCCUUCAGUGCAAUUUGAAAACUCACAUGAAAACUCAUGAAGCUUCAACUAUGCAAGAUAACUGCAUCAAAUGCGGAAAGUCAUUUGUUCCAAACCAGAGUUCCCCAAAGCGAGUGUGCACGCAGUGUCUAAAAGUCAAACCGGAUGAUGCAGAGAACGGUCCAAAGAAGAGGCGGAUCACUGACUUCAGCAUCUCCAGACUGACAGAAACCACGCCCAGAAAGUCCUCCUCCUUCACUCCGUACAGACCAAACAAGUCCCCCGGCAGUGAGGGACAAUCUCCUUUCCCGAGUCCGGAGUUUCUCCACUCGUCUCCGUACUCCCCCAAACUGAUCCCGCCACCUUUUGGACACUCGUUGUUAUCGCCUCUACAACAGACUAACGUUUUAGCAAACACCGUCCAUUUCUCUCACGCCUUGAUGUCUCCCUUCCAUCCACGUUUUUUCCAAAGUAGAGGCACCGGAAGUCUACCCAAACCGUUAUUUGGGAACGACCUUUCGCCCGGAAGUGAAACGUCGUUUUCUCGGGUGCCGUGGUCCGGAUCUCUGUCUCACCACCAAGGCUUCUGAUCCGAUUUACAAUUGUAUCUUUAUAUGUAUGUGUGAGAAAAUUGUAUUAUUACGUACAUGUAUCUGCAUUAUUGCAAUGCCGUCCAUGCCUUGUGCACUCUCUACGCAAGUGAUAACUAUCUGUCUCUGAUAUUUUACUUUGUUUUUCUUAAUUUCUAUCUGUACAUAGUCCCAAGAUAAAUAAUUUAAUAAAUAUAUCACAAAUUU